AUGGGGGAAAACAACAAUAGCAGCCCACCCAACAGCAUUGUUUAUGAACCUAAAGAAGUUCUGUAUCCGACUUUCAAAGUAACAAAUUGUUGCAUGGCCAUAGGAAAACAAACUUCUUGGGAGAAGUAUGUGACCCGACUUGUCUGCCAGCAGCCCAGUCCAGCUAUGUCAAGGAAUCCAGAUCACGCUCACGCACAUGUGCGCUUGCACACGCGGCGUGGGAAGACUGCUCUGAGUUGCCGGAGAUGGUUUUACAAAUUCAGUGCCAGUCUCUUGAACCGCGCAGGUCCCAGUGCGCCUUGUCAGCCCAAAGAGAACGCUGGCCAGAACCACCCUCAGCCGGAAGAGAUCCAGACACUGACCAUGCAGCUGCGACACAUCGGGGACAGUGUCAAUCACAGGGUGAUUCAAGAGCAUCUUCCACAGGAAGUCGGGGAUGCGCUGGUUCCCUUUGUGGCGCGGAUGUUCCUGAGAGGCCAGAUGCUGCUGCGGUUUUUCUGGAACAACCAUUUGCUGUGAAGGACAAGCUCCGCCCUU